AUGUCGGGGCGCCGUAGUGCUAAAAGGGGUGCCCAGGGUGCCCCGGAUCACUCAUCCGCCUUUGAUCUUCACCUCUUGAGUGCCCUCAGAGAUACCCCAGCUACUCACUUCUCAGUCAGGCAGCCGUGGGAUGCCAGCAUUUGCUCUGAUGCGUCCGCCAGGAAGAGGUUCAUGCCGGGGCUUCCGGCUCCGCAGAGAUUGCUCCCGCCUGCAGUUCCCGAGAGAGAAGCAUCUCAUCCUGAGGCGGCGAGGAUGCAGAGCAGGCUCGAUGCCGCGGGUGCCAAGUUUGCUAGAAGGACAAAACAUGUUUCUUGGGACGCGAAGGAGACUGAGGAGAAGAAUUUUGCUUUAUUUAAGUGGCUUAAGAUCAUUGAGCGAGGGCCGUGGGACUUUGCUGUGUCUCGUGAUUUCUUGAGGGCCCGCUUGUUGGGGCUCGGUGCUGGUGAUCUUCUUGAGAGUAUUUCGAAUGCUCUGGCUGCAAAGAGCACUGCGACUCUGCAUACGAGAGCAGGUCCGAUGAUCAGAUAUCUGGCUUUCUGUGACCUGGAAGGUAUUGAGCCCUUCCCAAUCAGAGAGGAGGUCAUGUAUAAGUUCUUCUACGACAUGCAGACACAGGUAGCAGCAACAUUCUUCAAGUCUGUGCUUUCCUCGCUGGCUUUCGGCCGCUUCGUGUUGGGACUCGACAGUGCAGUGCUGGCGCUUGAUUCUCUGAGGGUGAAAGGGCUCGCCAGAAAGCUGUACCUGGGCAUCAGGCGAUUGCAGCAGAGACCGCCACUUCGAGUCAAGGACGUUAUCAGGCUGGAGCUGAUUUGCACGGGCGAUAUACCUCGCUCAGCCCUCGAUGUGGUAAUGGCAGGCUUCGUCCUCUUUAUGGUGUUCGCUAGAGCACGUCAUUCUGAUGCCCAACAUGUUUCCUUGUUGUCUUUCGAGCUUGACUUCCGGGGUGAUUUGCCUGCUGGCUUUAUCAACGCGGAGGUAAAGAAAACGAAAACUAGCUUCACUGUGGAGCGGAAAACAAAAUUUUUGCCUAUGCUGGCGCCGGCGCGGGGUCUCAGCGGCAAGUGUUGGGCAUCAGGGUGGAAGGCGGCGCUCGAGAAGGAGAACAUCACUGCAGGGGAAGGGAAACCUCUCAUGCCGUCACCCAAGAGUGGGGGAGGAUGGAAUGUGAUCCCGCAAACUGCUCAGGCUUCUGGGCAGUGGAUGCGUGCUCUGCUGAGUGAUGGCACUGAUGAUCCCUACUUGCUUGGGCUGGGGACGCACUCAGCCAAAGCCACACUCUUGUCGUGGCUAAACAAGAAGGGUGUGGCUCGAGAUGUCACUGCAUUGUUGGGUUAUCACGCAACAAAAGAUGCUGGCAUAGGUACGGAGAUCAUCUACGCCAGGGAUGCCAUGGCAUAUCCCUUAAGAGUCUUGCAGGAGCUCGUCGAUGAGGUCCGUGAUCGUUCUUUCAGGCCUGAUGAGACCAGAGGCCUUAUGACGGCCGCGGAGAGGGAGGCUGCGGGAGUUCGCGACGAUGCAGGCGCAGAUUGCUCGUCGUCCUCUUCUGAGGAUGAGGAGUGCCCGCGCCAUGAUGAGGGUGCUGAGGGACGUGUUUUGGGCCCGUGGGCCGGUCGUGUAGAUAAAUCUAAAAUUCCUGAUGAGGCGGUCAUGGCUAGGAACGAAACCUCGCGAGUUUUGCACAUUUCACGUGAGGAGCAGGCCACCGCUUUCAUUUGUGGCAGAAAGAUUACGGCUGCCUAUGAGGUGCUGCGGGCAGAGGGCGUGGACAAUCCAAAGUUCCGUGCGCAUGCUGAAUUUGGCACUUUGAUGAUGUCUUUGAACGUGCGCCCAUGGGGCGGCAGUGAGGCCGUGACCAAAUUGAAGGCUGCCGGAAUCAAUACACUUGCUAAGGUGGCAUUCGUUUCGUCUUACGCGCCCGGUGCUGCUUCUGAUGCCGAGCUCAUUAAAGUCCUCAACGAAGCACUCGGGAAGGAGAGUGACGCAGGCCAGAAAGCAUCCUGGCGCAGGCUAUUCCAUGAAGCUUAUGCCGUGGCUACUCAAGAGCUUAAGACGAUGGCCGAGAGGCCAGAUGAGGCAGGGCCAAGACGUCUGUCACAGCCGGAGAGAGCAGAGAGGUACCGAAAAAUCAAGGCAUCUGUUUCUGGGAUCGAUAUCAAGGAUCGGAACGAGCCGAGCGACGCUUUGCUGGACUUGUGUGUGGGCAUCUACGAAGGGAAUCGCCUUCGCUAUGUGUCUUGGGAUCGGUGCACCUCCAAGUCCCAGGAGCUCUCGAGUGAGGUGAAGCGUGACAACAUGCUCACUGUGGAUGCCCAGGGGCGCUUGAAAGCUGAGGCUAAGGGCGAUCACAUUAAAGCUGACACGAGUUCGGAGAUUUUGCUGCAGUUCGCACUCUUGAGAAGAGGUCUUGCAUUUGAAAUGUCGAACUUGCUCGACUUUCGUUUGCAUCGCAGGUGGGCCGAAAAAUUGAUAGAGACGAGGAUGGCGGCCCAACUCGACACGCAUUCGCAAGUGUCGUUUGCCCAAUUGGAGGCGGCGGACCAGAAAUUCUUCCAGGAAUUAGCGGACAGGACUCGCGAUGGAGUCCAGGCCACCGCUGUCGGUCGCCCGUUGGACGACUGCUUUGAAGAAGUCUUCAACUUGCCAGAGGUCACACAUGUGAUGCAGCCGUUGCCUAAGCCUAGCGGUCGUGUGGAGCCGCCUCCGAAGCCACGCUGGAGCCCGUACGAUCGCCCCUCAAAGGGUGGUCGGAAAGGCAAGAGCCCAGGCACAGGCAAGAGCACACCGAGGAUGCCCAAGGAGCUUGUUGGCUGCAAGGUGGGUCGAGACGAGGUGGCGGAGGCGGAGAUGCCAUCGGCAAUGAGUAGUGGGCAGCUCGGAGUGGGCUUGUCCAAGCGAGCGCGGUCAAGGGACCGUGCUAUUGCACAAGUUGCUGAUUCGGCCGAGGGGUCGGAUUCUGAAUCUUCGAUUUUCGCUGCUGAGCAUGUCGCUUCAGCGCCUUUGUUUUGCAAAGAUCCUGAGCAAUUUUCUGCUACCGCAUCACUUAAGAAGCCUUUUGAUCUCAGGGAUGUUGUGACCUUGUGCGAUUUGCUGGAGAGUGAGAUUCCGGCAAGAGGGAACAAUUCUGAGGACGAGUUCAGCUGGAACACAGGUGCGUACGUGCAUGGAGGUGUGCACGGAUGCCGACAACAUAUGCAUCAGUUUCCCGUGACUUCUGCAUUCCUUGCAAAAGUCUUCAAGGAAUACCACCCGAGGCUUCCCGUGACAACAUUGUCAUUGACUCGCAACGUGCGAACGACCUUGCAUUUGGAUGCAAACAAUGCACUGGGCUAUCUGAACGGCUUGGUUAAGAUUUCGGGGUUUAAUGGUGGGGGUUUGUGGGUCCAGGAUUCAAGCGGAAGCAUUGUGUGCCCCACCGAUCCUUCUCUUCUGGGCUCACACCUCGACUUCAGCGACUUAACUCUUGCCUUUGAUCCGCAUAAGAAGCACCUUACGUUGCCUUGGACUCAGGGCCCACGUAUCGUUCUCAUUGGUUUUGUGGUCAAAGCCCCCGCCGAGAUUCCAGACCAGGCUGCAGAGAUGCUGCUACGAGCGGGUUUCAAUCUACCUUGUCAGGAUACGGCGACUUCUCUGUGUCAGCUUGGGUCGCAUAGUACCUUCUCAGGACUGUCUUCGAGCUCCUUGGUUCCAAAGGCAAAGAGCUCCCGUGGUGCCCCUCUUGUGAUCCAACUCUGCGCCGGGUCAGGCCUUUUGUCAGCCUCCGUCAAAGCUGCAAACAUAGACACUUUGGCGGUUGAUUUUCACGGGAAUCGCACUAAGCCUUAUGUGCAUGUUGUCGGCCUCGACCUCACGCUGCCAGCCUCGUGGGAGUACUUGACGACCGUUCUUGAAAACAGACACGUUGUUCAUGUGCAUGUAACUCCCCCUUCUGGGACGACGCGACGAUCACGUGCAAAAUCGUCGCUUCGAAGUGCUUCCCACCCGUGGGGUGUGCCAGGUCAGGACUCCUCGGCUCUGGCCCGUCUACAGUCGGCCAACCGCAUUUUCAUUCAGCUGGGGGCCUUUUUGCUUCGGGCUCGUGAACUUGAGGUACCGUUCUCGCUUAUGCAUCCCAUGUCUUCCUGGCUUUGGGAGCUGCCUCCCUUCGCCGACCUGCUCAAGGUCACUUCGGAGGCGCCGGUGUAUCUGGUGUCUGACCUACACAGGAUCCAGCAUCUUCGUUUGGUGUACACCCUGUGUGACCUGUCCCCGCUUUCCGCGGCUGACAGAGCCGACGCCGUGCCAGCCAAACUCUUUUGCGAUCGUUUUGCUGCUGCCUUGUCCACUCAGGUUGCUGCCUUGGGUUUAGGCCCCUCCCCUCUUAGUCUCCCCGAGGUGCGCGCUGCGGCGCAAAACCAGCCGAAGGCGUCCAAGCUGCCACCGCUUGUGCCAGAGUUUGCAUACACGCAGCGCUUACGGUGUGCGGGCCAUCCACCUUUGGAUGCCAAGAACCAGCUGACACAUUCGUGGAACGGCGUGCCCAAACACGCCCGCCUCCUGCGCUCUUCCGCUUCCGAAGGGGGGGCGACUGAGGAAUCCGCGCAGCAAGCGACCAACAUCUCUUUGCAGAAGCCUCGCCAUACUGAGUAUGUGUUCGGUGUGUAUCGCGAGCCGGUGCAAUUUGUGUAUCAGGCUGUCGCACUUCAGCAUCCGUUUGAUGCCGCCAGAGCUCUUCCGGACAAGCUUGUUCGUGUGCUUUUUGACACAUUGACGAAAGGUCCCUUAUGCAUCAUGCGAAACAGGUUGCUCCUGCUGCAAAAGUGGAACCAGUGGGCGAAGGACCUUCGCUCAGAUGAGGCCGCUCUCCAGGCCUCCCUUCAUCCCUCGGUACGCAAGGUUCUUCAAGGAAAGAAGCUGCUUCUUCUUGACAAGAUUGCAAAAUCUCUUGACUGGCCCGACAAGCACCUGCAUCGCGACCUAUGUGCAGGGUUCAAGUUGUCAGGAACUCCUGAUCCUACGGGUGUUUUUGAGCCAGACCACAAGCCUGCCUUAUCUUCGGAGGAGCAAUUUUGGGACGCUGCCGAAGUUUUGAAGCAUCAGCUUUGGGCACGGGUGAGGGAGCAGCCGGCUCAGGAGUACGAUGCGGAGUUGGCCGAAAUCACGCUGGGCGAAACCGGUGUUUCUGGAGGAAAAGGGUGGCUCGAGGGUCCUUUGUCAUUCUCUGAGCUCCAGGAGCGCUUUGAAGGCCAGUGGAUGCCGUGCCGAAGGUUCGCUGUAUGGCAAAACAAGUGGAGGCCGAUCGAUGAUCUUAGCGAGUCGGGACUCAAUGCUACUUUUGGCUGCCAUGAGAAGAUUCCCCUUAGGGCUCUGGACGAGGUGGUUUGGAUUUGCACCAAGAUAAUGCAGGCUGCCUCUGCUAGGGGCGAUGUCACUUUGCAUCUGAGCUCGGGCGAAACCUUGAAAGGCAAGCUGCAUGACCAUUGGACCGACAAGGAGAAGAUCAGGCCUGUCACUACAACGUUUGAUCUUAAAUCUGCUUACAAACAACUUCCGCUCGCACCGGAGGAACAAAGUAAGGCGAUUGUGACCAUUCGACAUCCUUCACAGACCGAGCCGUCCGGCUACAUAUGCAACACUCUUCCUUUCGGAGCCUGUGGAUCUGUUCUUCACUUCAACAGAGUUUCGGCUUUGCUGAGAAGGAUUAUGCUUGAGAUGGAGAUCUUGACGGCGCUUUAUUAUGAUGACUAUCCAGUAGUGACGCCGAGCCUCCUUGGCAACAGCACGGCUGCAGCCUUUACUUCAGUGAUGCGCCUUUUGGGGUUUAGGAUUGCUGAUGAUAAGGAUAAGCCUUUUUCGACGCGCUCGGAAACUUUGGGAGUUGUCAUAGACACGUCGGCGGAAGAUAUGUCGGGCGUGUCUGUGUGCAACAAACCAUCGAGGUCGCAGGCCAUCGCCGCUGCCAUUGAGGAGAUUAUCACCAGAGGGCACGUCGCACCUCGCGAGUUGCCUUCUUUGUUCGGCAGACUUCAGUUCGCCGAGGCACAGAUCCUUGGCAGAAUGGGCAGGUUGGCGAUUCAUGAUCUCAGAAGUCUUGAGAGGUGUUCUGCUGCGCGUGUCAACCUCACAGCUCAGCAUCUUGAAGCUUUGUUGCUCUUGAAGGAACGCGUUGUGUCCGGAGCUCCGAGAACUGUUUCAGCUUCAGCUGCGACUAGUCCUAUCGUGAUCUUCACUGACGGCUGCUUUGAGCCGGAUGCUGCAAACCCCGCCGGUGUGGGGGGGGUGAUGUUCGCUCCUUCGCUUAGUGGAGGCUUGAAGGUAAGGGCCUUUGGCUCGCUUGUUCCGAAGACGUUGCUUGAAGCUUGGCAUGCCAAGGGCAAGCGACACCUCAUAGGACAGGUUGAGAUGUUCGCUGUCAUCAUUGCCAGAUCGUGCUGGGCGAACGUCCUGGACGGUGCCAGGGUCAUUUAUUUCGUCGAUCACAGCGGGGUGCUUGCAGCUUGCAUAAGCGGAUCCUCCAAGGAAGAUACCUGGAGAAAGCUCUUGUGUGCACUCGAGAAAGCUGAUUCACUGCCUGCCUUGCAAUGGUUCAGUCGUGUUCCUUCGCACUCUAAUAUCUCUGAUGGACCAUCAAGAGGUCGAUGGGAGGGCCUUUUGAGAGCCUUCCCGGAGUGCGCGAUCGAUGAUCCUUGUUGUCCUCUGACGGGUACAGUGCUUCAGCGCUUCGUCUAA